ACGAUCUCUGAAUGCAUUAUCGACUAGCUCGGCCAAACGACAACACUGUCUUUCGUAAAUAAAACUUUUUGAAUUGUUUCAUCGUAAACAAUAUGAGCGGGAAAGUGUGAAGUGACGUUUUAAUUUUUUAAAUAACUUUGGUUUUGUUUUUUUUUUGUUUGAUAAGUGAAAAAGUGUUUAAUUUGACCAUGUCGAAAUCUAGUUUUUUGAUUCGGCAAUCCUUGUUCCACCGCCAACGACGGCACAUCACAGGAUCCUCCUCGCAGCAGACCUCGACGUCUCCGCAGCGCAGCAACAUGGCGGCCCCCAGGCUGGUGGAGUCCGUCAGACCCUUCAACGAGAUCCCGGGACCGAUAGCGCUGCCCAUGCUGCGGCAUUCCGCUCAUGUACUGCCGAGGAUCGGGAGCUACCACCACACCGUCGGUCUCGGCUUGCUGGAAGGCCUCCAAGACAAGUACGGUGAUCUGGUGCGCCUCGCCAAGGCCUCCAGGACACGACCGGUGCUGUACGUGUUCGAUCCUGAAAUGAUGAGAGAGGUGUACGAGAGCUACGCUACGGAACCACCGCGCUUCGAGAAGUCACCUCUCUGUCAACACAGGAAGGGCGUGGGCCAUUGUCCUGUUCACGGGGAUGAAACGAAGGCGAUAUGGGCGGCGAUACGCGCUUUACUGCAGGAUGGCAAUCUUCUCAGGAGCUACGACAAAGUAUUCGAUGACAUAGCUGCUGAUGCCACACGAAGGCUAGGAGACCUACGACAUGCUGAGAAUGCUCUCAACGAAGAGAUGGAGACUGAGAUCUACCGAUGGGCCAUCGAGACUAUUGGAGUCAUGAUCUUCGGGAUCCGAUUCGGGUGCCUGGACGGUGCCGUGCAUAUACCCACACCAGACAACCAAAAACCAGAGAAGACAUCUCUUGACGAUGAGAUCCAUGAUCUCUGCUCGCUGUCCAAGCGGUCCCUGGAGGAGCUGACGCCGGCAGAGCGGCUAGUGCGGUGCAGCCGGGAGAUCGCUGACGGCAGCUACCAGGUCCGCAGUGAGGCCACCCUUAAUCGAGAGAACCCCACCUUCAACAGUGCUUUGAAGACCUUUGACAGACAUUUUAGUCUUACGGAACAUUUCCUGAUACAAGCGCUGCACUCCCUGAGCUCCUGCGAGUUGAGGCCGGAACAGGUUCUGCUGGACAAACUGAGGCCGCUGCAGAGGCGGAUUCUGCCUCUAGCUGCCGAUAUACUGCUAGCUGGAGUCGAUCCUCUUGCCCAAACAGCCAUCCACAUGUUUUACCAGCUUUCACUCCACGCUGCACGUCAGCAGCGCGCUCACGACGAGGUCCACUGGUCCAUAGCAUCGCGAGACGCUGGCGCUGACACUCCAGAGCUUCCGUACGUGGCUGCCUGCGCCAGGGAGGCUAUGAGGCUGCAUCCCGCGACGGGAGGAGUCGUGAGGCGGAAUAGAGAGGCUAUAGUCGUUGGGGGCUAUGAAAUACCUGCUGGGGUAGACAUAGUUCUUGCUCAUGGAGUCACGAGCAAAUCUGAGAAGCAAUGGGGUCGGGCCAACGCAUUCGUGCCAGAGAGGUGGUGCAACGAGGGUUGGGAGCCUCUUAGAGCUUCGAGAGCUCAUCCUCUGGCAUCGAUGCCGUUCGGGGAGGCUUGUCCAGGGACUGGCAUUGUUGGAAAAAUGCUGGCAGCACUGACAACAAGAGUCUUGGAUAAGUAUAGGCUGGAAUGGCACGGGCCCACGCCUAACGUGGCGACUGUUGGAGUUAACAGGUUACACCCGCCUUACUAUUUCGUAUUGCAGAAUGCGGCUUGAAUGUGAUAUUAGGAUAAUGUAGCUUGUAAGUUCUCCGAUAAUGUAUCUUUUUUGUUUCGUUACUACUUUAAGUAUUGAUUGUUCCUUAUUAAUAAUUAUUUUUAUUGAAUCGCGAUAAGUAUUAUAAUUAAUCU